UUCUGUUUCAUUAAACCAGAUCAGACCCGCCCUGUGUGACGGUGGGAGUGGGUGUGACUCUGCUCUUGUUUGCUCCCAACUCAAAGCUGCCUUCAGAGGACGCUCUGCCACCCCAGCAAAAUAAUUUCUUCACAGCAGUUUCAUCGUUUACUUGUCUCCAGCAGCUGUCAACAUGCCUGAGAAUGUAGAGGCCCAUUAUCACUCACUGCCCACCAAUCGCAACUGCGCCAUAGAGAUCACCAACAUCAGCUCCAAAUAUUGGCUCACAAACCCAAAGGUGUUCAUGAAAAAAGGUUUUUCCUUUAGCCCACCUCAGCCAUCGGUGCUGUGCAACAAGACUGAGGUGUGCUCCUUCGUCAAGGAUGACAACACAGCGACUGGAGCCGUUGGCGUUUUGACCUACGAGAUGCUCCCUCUUAACACAUAUGAAUGCGAUAUGAUACUGGCCGUUAUGUUCUCAGUGCCGUUUGACUACAACCUUUACUCAAACUGGCUGGGUGUGGGCUUAUUCAACCUCCCAUGUGAAACCAAUGAGGACCUGUAUGACAGCAUGUACAAAGGCGAUCCUGCCGGAAAAUUUGUGCGCCAGGAAGCCGACGGCUCGGGUAUUAUGUUCAACAAAAACGGGAUAGAUGUGAGAGGCACCAUGUCCAAUGAGGGCAGGUGUAUUGUGAAACUGGAAUUAUUUGACGAAAUGUGAAAAUGAGAAUUUUGCAGUACCAAGUUGGUGCCUUUAUGUGAGCGAAUAAAAAAACUUAUGAAGUCCUCAAAGUGUCUCAUGGUCUUGUUUUUGCAUCAUAUCCCAGUAUAUAACAUCACAGGCGU